UGCAGAGUGUCUGUUUCUGCCCCCGUUAUCGAACAGUCGUCCAUCAAUCAAGCAACAUAAGGUUUUGUUUACUAAUCAGUCGAGUGCGGCCGUUGUUUUUUUAACAAAUUAAAGGGUAGAGCUUGUGUCAAAACGGCGAGUUUUUUUAACAAUUAUUGAGGAAAAGAUCUGAACCAAGAUGGUGCAUGAUACUUCAAGUUCCAGCGACGAGAUCGCUAAUCCGCCUCAAAUAAUCGAAACGCCACCAAAAGGCAUCCCCAUCGGCAAGUACCGUCUUGUAGGAUGGGCUGUAGAUACGACAGGUCGUCGUUUAAUCGACGAAAUCGUACAAAUAGCGGCUUACACGCCGAACUCUUCCUUUUCCCAGUACAUCAUGCCAUUCUCCGACUUAAACAGCAUCUACAGUCGUAAACACAACAUUAGGGUGUUCAACACCGCCCGCUACAGGAGACUGAAAGAUCUGAGAACCGGACAAUUCCUAAAAACCAAAAGCGAAAUUUCUGCCCUCAAUGAUUUUAUUGAAUGGCUUGAAACUGCUAAAGGGGAAACUGAUGGAGUCAUACUAAUAUUCCAUGAGGUGCGCAAAUCCACUCCGGGCAUGCUUCUCGAAGCUUUGAAGAAAAACAACCUUUUGGACCGCUUUGACAAAGUAUGCAAAGGAUUCGCCAACGGCUAUAGCAUCGCAACCGCUAAAUGCCAAAAUAGCAUCAAGACUUAUAACCUUCGUGUGAUGGGGAAAGUAUUAUUAGGAAGAGAAAAUACUGAUUUUAGUAAUGCUGUAGUUAGGGCUGCUGCUGUGUACGAUAUCGCCGUUCAUCUUGCUCAAGGGGAGAGGGAAGAACUGAACCAGGCACCUAAAAUUAGUACUGGAACCGAGCCUGAGCUCAUGGCAUUGAUUUGCCCUUUUACUAAUUCAUUAAGUGAUGAGGAGGAAGAAACCAAGGCCUUGAAGGUACUUCUUGAGAGACAGAACACAUUCCGGCCAGUCUUUGGUGCCCUUCUGAAGGCGAGUUCUACGGAGAGACAUCAUGCCAAUCAUUUAAGAAGACUUUUGGCUGAAAACAAUAUCAACUAUGACUUACUUAAGGAAGCUUACGAGAAGGGGGCUAAAGAUGCUUUGGAUAAAAUAUUGAAGCAAGAAAUUGCCAACGCAAACGAAGCGGAUCUAACCGAACUGCUCGAGAUCCUGGACUGUUUCUUUGAUCCCGAGAAGGAACCGAUCCGGCCCAAGGCGCCUUUUUAUCGGUUCCCGAGGCGACCGAGGCCAAAAUCCUUCAGUAAAAACAACCGAUCCAACUCGCGAGGCAAGAAAAACCCCUCGGAGUCGGGCAAAGGCGACGAAUCGAUCGAUAAAGUCGAGAGUAACGAGAACUCGGGCUGUAGCGACAACGCGGGCAUUGAAAACGCCCCGGUCAGUGCCGAAACGUCGCCCCAGAAGCAGCAAGAAACGCAGCAACCUGCAGAAGUGCCUGCUAACUAAUUUAGACUAGAUUGUUCUAGUGCCUUUAUUGUAGAGUUAGAUGGUUUAUUUCAGUCAGUCGGGUGACAAAACCUGGUAUUUGUUCAUUUUUGCAAGAAUUUUUUACCAAGGGCGCGACUUACAGGACCAACUGAUUUACCCUUAGAGUAUUGGGGAAGUCAAGCGUGGGCAGAGUAAGAAAAUAUUUUUUUUACUACACGAGUUGGAUAUGUGCUAUUUAGGUAAAUGCCUAGGCCUAAACUGUGUUAAGGUGUCAAAUGUUCAUCAAAUCAUAACUAUGUAGUACACCGUUCAAAACUAAAACAUUCGAACGGGAAAAUCGAUUCAAGCGAAAAAUAAAACGCUCUUAGAGAUGUUAAAUCGACGUUUCGACCUCUUUGAGGUCAUCCUCGGUGCUAUAAUAAAUUGGUUGUGUUUUUAAGAGAAAAUUCAUAAAUAAAUUUAUUUAAGGAACAUGUUAGUGCAUGUCCAUGCUACGCCCUCUCAUGGUAAGUAGGGAUUAUUGAAAUGUGCUUGCUCUGAGAAGGUAGUCCUAGUAAUCCAUCAUAUAUUUCUUGAAAGUAUUUAUCAAUUUAUAUGUAGCUCUGAGGAUCCUUAUAGAGGUCGAAACAUCAACUUAAUUUAAACACAUUUUUGUACAAGGGAGUUAUUUUUGACAAUUCAGAUCAAAUUUUGGGUAAAUAAGAUGUUCUUGUCGACGGUUUAAGUUUCGCCCGUGGAAAUUAAGCAAAAUUGCCAUAAUAUCGUGUUUUGCCAUUCCGACUACUGAUUUAUAAUUAAUUUUACGUUUAGAGCCAGUUUUGACUGUGUUUUGGGUUAUUAUUUGGUUAACCCAGAGUUGGUUGGAAAACUUUUUAUUUAAUUCUUUAUUAGUUAUUUUGUUCUGAAUAAUUUAUAAAGCGAUAUUUUUUCAUGGAUUUUUCGACGCAUAUUUUUUUUUUGUUGGUAAUAUAUCUAAUAUAUUGUGUUUUCGUUGAGA